AUGGCAGAGACUACUUAUUUGUUGGAGAACAUCCAAAAUAAGGAGUUGAUUAGAAGAGGUCCAUUUAUUAAUGGUCAUUGGUUGGAAAAGAGUGAAAGUGGUGAAACUUUUAAUGUGACCGACCCUGCCAAUGGAAAGAUUCUUAAUACUUUACCAGAUUUAUCUCUUAACGAGGUGGAACAGGCCAUUAAAGGUGCCCAUGAUACCUUUUAUAACACUUAUAAAAAUACAACACCAAGACAAAGAGCACAAUGGUUACGUACCAUACAUGAUUUAAUGUUGGAAAAUGCAGAUGAUUUAGCCAGAAUUAUUACUUUGGAAAAUGGUAAGUCUUUAGCAGAUGCUUUAUCAGAAGUAAAAUAUGCUGCUUCUUAUUUCCUUUGGUACUCGGAAGAAGCUCCGAGACAAUAUGGUGCUACAAUCCAACCUUCUAUAAGUUCAAAUAGGGUGUUCACUAUCAGACAACCUAUCGGUGUUUGUGCAGUAAUUUGUCCUUGGAAUUUCCCAAGUGCAAUGAUCACAAGAAAAGCAGCAGUGGCAUUAGCUACAGGGUGUACAGUGGUUGUCAAACCUGAUCAUGAAACACCAUUGUCAGCUCUAGCCUUAGGUUACUUAAUUGAAAAAUCUGGUGUUCCUUCUGGAGCAUUCAAUGUUGUGAUUAGUGGCACUAAAACUGCUAAACUUGGUACUAUGCUGUGUGAAUCACCAUUAAUUAAAAAAUUGACUUUCACUGGUUCUACAAGAGUUGGAAAAAUAUUAAUGGCACAAUCAGCUUCUAAUAUUAAGAAGUUAUCAUUAGAAUUAGGGGGUAAUGCACCAUUUAUUGUUUUUAAGGAUGCAGAUAUUGAACAUGCUGUAAAUCAACUUCUACUUUGCAAAUUCAGAGGAUUAGGCCAAACAUGUGUCUGUGCCAAUAGAAUAUAUGUUCAGGCCGAAAUUUUAGACCAAUUUGUUUCUUUAUUGAAGAGUAAAGUUGAACAGUUUAAAAUUGGACAUGGCCUUUCAAAGGGAACGACCCAUGGUUGCUUGAUCAAUACACAAACUUUAGACAAAGUUGAGUAUCACAAGAAAGAUGCUAUUGAAAAAGGUGCGGCUGUAGUAACAGAGGGAGGUCCACUUCCAGAAUUGGGUCCAACAUUUUAUAAACCAUGUAUUUUAUCAAAUGUCCCAUAUAGUGCCGUGGUUGCCAAGGAAGAAACAUUUGGUCCAUUAUGUCCAAUCUUCACCUUUAACUCUAUGGAAGAAGUAAUCAGAGAAGCAAAUGAUACCGAAUUUGGUUUAGCAUCUUAUGUGUUUUCUAAAGAUAUCAAUAUUAUUUUCCAUAUGGCUGAGGCUUUGGAAGCUGGUAUGGUGUCCUGUAAUACUGGUAUAUUUUCAGAUGCUGCCAUUCCAUUUGGUGGUAUAAAAGAAUCUGGUUUUGGUAGAGAAGGUUCAUUAUAUGGUAUUGAAGAUUACACUGUUGUGAAGACUGUGAAUAUUGGUAAUUUAUAA